CGAUAACGUUCGUUGAUAACAGUAAUAAUAUACUGAAUCGAUCAAUUCAUUGGAUAUAAUAAUUAUUGUAGUCCUCCGUCAAUCAUCUCCAACACAGGCCAUUUUCCGAAGCCUAAUAGUUCAUAUUUUCCAGUGUGUGUCGAACUAUCAACCUCAUGGAUUUUGACAGCCCGGACGUCGAAAAAGACUUCCCGGGCUUAUAUGCCUCCACUGAAAUCGGGCACAAAGAUUCGGACGGUAAAAAUAUUAUUUUAGACAGUUUAUUAUCAAUACGUUUCUAUAACUCCUAGUACAUUAUAUUGGUUUUUAGGUAAACGAAAAGACAAAAAAGAUCGUGGUUAUGCGGCGUUAGAAGGCGAAAGUUCUCCAGAAGAAGAACCCGAUACCAAGUGAGCAAAUAAUUGUAUUUAAAUAUGUUGAGUUAGAUAUUUAAUGAAAUUUAGAAAUCAAGAAUAUACUUAACAAUAUUUGCCAUGGGACCAUAGAGCAUUUCAUUUGUUCUCCUUAUUCACUAAUUGCUAAAAAUGCUUUAUUCUAAUAUCCCUUAAGUUAAUAUUCCUUAGAUGAUUUCAAAAGUAUAUAAUCUUCUCAAAAACUAAAUCUAAAUUCUUAAUUUAAUAAUUUACAUUUAGUUUACUUCAUACGAUUAUUGUAUUUAUAGUUUUUCAAUGUGUUGUAUGAAGUAAGUACCUACAGAUUUUUUACAAGGAUUUACUAUUGUAAUAUGUGUGGCCACUGGACAGUAAUGUUUACAUUAUUUAAGUAGUAAAAUCUUUGUGGAAUACUCUGUAUUAUUAGAAUAUAAUAUAAUAUCAUUAAUUUAUUUAUAAUUACAAAUUUUUAUUAUACUUAUAUUUUUUUUUUUCCAGAAGUCCUUCAAAAAUCAAAAAAAUAAAACCAUUUAAAUUUCCAACAAAAAAAGAAAAACACGAUAAGCUUAAAGAUAAAGAUUCUAAAGAUAUACAAAAAGAAAAGAAAAAAGAUGGAGAAAAAGAAAAAAAGAAAGAUAAACCCAAAAAUAAAGUAAAAGAUAAAAAAAAACAUAAAGGAUCUGAUGGAAAAGAUACAAUUGAUAUCGGUGCAUUAUAUGGUAAUUAAUAUUAUGAUAUAUUUGAAAAAAAAAAUCAAUUAUAAAUUAUAACUAUCUAGUUCUUUGUAUAUUACAGAAAAUCAACCCGUUUUUGGCGUUCCCUUAGAAAUAUCAUUUGAUCGAAAUCCGUGCCAUGAUGAUAUACACUUGCCAUUAGUAUUGCGCAAUUGCAUAGAUUAUGUACAAAUGAAUGGUAAGCACCAUGAAUUUGUUCUAUAAAGAUUUACUAGUUAUAAAAUGUUAAUAAUAAUAAAAACUUCAUUAUUCCAUCAUAAUAUUAUUUAUCAAAUAGGCCAGGUUGCAUAAAUAUAAAUCUGUAAAUAAAUUAUAAGUUGUUUCAGAAAAUUUAACCAUAUGUCAUAACUGAAUAAACUGUAACUUCUCCACUUCUUUGAGAUCUCAGUGGCAUGAUCAGUACUUCAAUAAUAUAAUCAUGAUCAUUUAUACAUUUAUCAUGAUGAUAACAACAAAUCUAUAAUUUCCAUAGCAAUUUGUGGCUAUGCAAUUUAUAAUUUACAGUAAAAAUAUCAGCCAUAACAUUAAUAACAUUGAUCUGUAAAAUUUACAAAUACAAAGUAGUAAGUUAUUAGUCCAACUUUGACCAACAAGUUACUGGUCAAAUUUGUAAUAAUUUAUAGGUCUUUAAAUACUACAGAACAUUCUAUCAACAUCCAAUGUUGUUUAUAGAUCUGUGUAAAAGCCCUAGUGACUGCAAGUUGCUACAAAAUAUUUAUGCAACCUUAUGGUAGACUGUGUGAUCUGUAUAUUUUGGUUGAAUUUUAAUUGUUUAUUUUAUUUUAGGAUUGUGUACUGAUGGUGUAUAUAAAGUACCAGGUGUGAAAUCUAAAGUACAAAGUCUUAAAGUUCAAUAUAAUAGACGCCAGUCUGUCAACUUGGCUGAUUACGACUUAGCAGUUGUCACAAGUCUAUUAAAACAAUAUUUAAGGUUUGGCUUUAUUAAAAAUAAUUAUUGACUUUUUAUAAAUGUAUGACUGAAAAUAAAAAUUCAUAGAGAACUUCCUGAUCCUAUAUUAACAUCGGACUUAUUAUCAAAAUUUGAAGAUGCUGGUGAAACACAAAAUACUGAAUUGACAAAAUUGUUAAUUUCAGAACUUCCACUGUGCAAUAAACAUACUCUAACUUGGUUAAUAGUUCAUUUCACUAGUAUCAUAGAAAAUGUAAGUUAGCAUAGUCAACUAUAUUAUUAAUAGUUUACUAAUUUACUUAUUUAUUCUCCUUUAGGAAAAAUACACAAAAAUGAAUACUACAAACUUUGGUUGUGUCCUUUGUCCUGUUCUUCAAAUGUCCCAAAAACUAUUCUCGUUCCUUGUUACCAAAAAAAAUGAAUUAUUUCCUAGAGCCAUUUUACAUAAAUAUAUACCACCUUUAAGAUGCGCUAGCCCCUAUUUACCAUCGGGUAAACAAGAAAUGACUAUUGAAUUAAAAAAACAAGAAUCACUUCUUAGCUACAUACAUCGUGAAAUGAAUGCUGGUUUUGUAUGUAAAACUAAAGAAGAAGAGCUGUGGGAUGUACAAAGGAUCAUUACACAACUAAAACGAAAACUCAAAGUACUCGAAAAGGAUAAUCACAAAGUUUCAAAAGAAAAACCAAAAAAAGAAAAUCAUAUAAAUGGAAAAUUUGAAGCAGUUGGAACUCAGACUCAAACAGCAUUAGAUAGACAAAACUCCAACAACAGUGUACUAGGCAAAGCCGAAGUAGUAUCCAUAACAAGUGAUACAGCUAACAUAUCUAACUAUGAUGGUUCAUUAGUCGAUGAUGAUAUACAGACAACAACUUCGGGUAAUUAAUUACAUUUAUAGUUAACAUCUAUAAUUAAAUAAAGCUAAACGUUAUAUAAAAACUAAUCUUUAGAUAGUGAUAAUGAAGAAUUAGUCUUACAAUAUGAAUCUGAAGAACUAAUGUCACUUAUUGCUAACUUAAAAGAUAAUAUAGUUCAAGAAAAAUGUGAAAUUGAUCGAUUGCAAUCAAAGUUAGUAUCAGUUGGGAAGAUAGUGAAUGUUAGGUAAUAUUAUUUUUAUUGUUAACCAAUUUAAAAUUAUUUAUUUAUUUGUUUUGUAUUAUAUUUAAUAAAUAUAAUUCAUCCCUAGGGAAUAUUUUACGUGUCCAAUUGAUGAAACAGCCGUAGCAAAUAGUGUUUUGUUAACUGAAUAUAAAAUGCUACAAGUAAGACGACAAUAGUUAUUUUUAGUGACGCAACUAAUAUUCAUUGACUUACUAUUUACUAUUUAGUUUCAAAAAAUGAACAUACUGAAAAGUAUAGAAGAGGAACGCGAAGCCAUACUAGAUUUAAAAAUACAGAUAAAACUAGCUCAACGAAAACACAUGGGAAUUGUGUAAAAUAUAUUAGGUAUUAGAGUAUUAUAACUGUAUUUCCUGUUAGUAUUUUCGAGGUAAAAAGCUAAUUUAAACCAAAAGGUGAUAAAAUUAAAUUUUUAAUAUAAUAACAAAAAUACUUGACCAUUUUUAUCAUAUAUCAUAACUAUUUUUAGGUAAAAUAAAAUGUAUAUUUUUGUUUAAUUGAAUUUUUCUUUUACUGUUAUUAUUUUAUUUGUUAAAUAUAUAUUUUUUUUGUUGACCACACCAAAAAAAAAUCAUUAUUUUAUACAAAUUAUAUCUCUAGAUAAAUAUUUAAUUUAUUUUAUUAAUUAAAUAUUGUAUAACUUCAAUGAAUUACUUUAAGUUUAAAUUAUAAUAGAUUAUAUGUAUGUAUAUUUGAUUUUUGAAGUUGUUUCAGUGUAUUUUAUUCCUUGUAUUGAUUGGCCUGCCUUGUCAUAAAUGCACUUCCAUUAAAAUUACAUAUUUUUAGUAGAAAUAGAAUGCUUACAACAAAAUCAUAAUAUACAGACUGUAACAUGAAGAUCUAACAUCUACAAUAACUUUUGUUAUGUUCAGUAUUUUUAAGUUUUUUGUUUUCUUGUGAUAAUUAGAAUAACCAUGCACUAUUUCUCUAUUUUAUGAUUUUUCUAACACUAAAUAUAAGAAAUUGUUUUUAAAAAAUCAAAAUUUACUAUUUUAAAACAAAACUUUAACAAAAAAAAUGCUUAUGACCAU